UAGCAUUAAAGACACUACUACAUUGCAUCUUCUCUUCUGCUAUACCAUGUUUUUCAACAUCCAAAACCAAUCUUGUACUACAUUUUAAGCAGUAGAAAUGAGAAGAUUUAUAGGACAAAAGUCGUGAAAAUUUUCUUAUUGUUCAAGAACAUGGGUCAUGGUUUUCAGAUUCUCCACAUGAUUUUUAUCUUCAUUUUCAUUCUCACAUCAUAUCACUGUACCCACAAUUUUUUGGUCGUAAAAGCCUCAUUCAAUGCAGGAGGGUAUCGAGAUGAAGAUCGAAAGACCUUGAUUUUGGAGAAAUUAAGAGUUUUGUUGGGACUUAAGAGCUUCCACAUAAAAAGACCACCAAAUGCUUACUCACCGACACCAGAACCGGCCCCGGGACCUUGCGGGGAACUCAACAUUGGAACUGAUGCUCCGGCUCCUACUCCGGUGCUGCAUCCGCAUGGACAUCCUCGUCCUCCCUCGCAUCACUAUCAUCGUCCGAUGCCUUCUACGCGCAAGAUUCAAAAUGGUGAUAAGGGUACUUCUAUGAGAGUUUGGACAGCAAUUCUUGUUUCAGUUGGAGUUACCUCUCUAGUAUUAUGUGCCAUUGGAAUCUACUGGGGCUGUCGGAAUUUUGAAAGACAAAAAAAGAGAUCGAAGAAGACUAUAUCUGUAUUUAGCACUGAGGCAGGAAUCACAAGUAAAUCAAAGUAUAUGAGUGCCCAAAGUUCUGUGAAAAAGGUAAAUUCUAAUCCAGGCCCUGACCCUUUUUACCUUGAUUCCUUAGAAACUGCAUUGGAACCCGAAACAUUUUGCUUGAAACUGAAUUUGGACACUCAAGACACAUACUCAAAUCAAGUCCCGGUGAAACAAGAAUGCGAGAAUGAUAGAGAUUCAACUGUUGGAGAAAUAACCACUGCUCGUGAAAUUUCUGAAUAUAAGUAUGAGUUUGAUAGCUGUAACUCUUCAUCACGUGGUGAAAAAGUAAUUACUGAAGAAGUUGAUUCAGUCUACGAUAAAUUUAUUCCCGAGGAAGCUAAUUCCUCUGAUGAUGAAUCUUUCCAUUCUUUUUGUGAUUCACAUGCUAAACUUUCUAAUGCAUCAGCUGGUAGUCUUAGUGACAACUUGGAAAAUUUCUCCCAAAAUGAAUCAAAGGUAUCGCAUUUUUCUGUAGUCACUACAACAGAGAAACCAAUUCAAAUUUCUCAACUUCCCUUGGCCCCGAGCCAGUCAUCCCCUCCUCCACCGGUCGAACAUAUUUAUCCUUCUAAGUCUAUCCCUUUUUCAACAAAGAGGAUACCGAACCUUUUGAGCUCAUCAUCAUCAGAAUCAAAGAAGAAUCCACAUAUUGAAUUAUCGUUACCCCCUCCUCCACCUCCAUGCCCCCCUCCUUUUCCGAAAGGAAAUGUUAAUUCUCUCAAAGUCCCACCUCCUCCCCCAUCUCAGCUCACUCAACGUGCACCAUUGGGCAAAGACGGUGCCCCAUUGCCAAAGCUUAAACCACUUCACUGGGACAAAGUCAGAGCUGCACCAGAUCGUUCAACAGUAUGGGACAAGAUGCGAUCAAGCUCGUUUGAGUUCGAUGAGGACAUGAUCGAGUCACUUUUCGGUUACAACCUCCAGAACACCAUGAAGAAUGAUGAAGUUAAAAGUAAAACCCCAUCACCAAGCAAGCAUGUCCUGGAGCCUAAGAGACUACAAAAUAUUACUAUACUUUCAAAAGCCUUGAAUGUUUCAACAGAACAAGUAUGUGCAGCACUAAUUCAAGGGGAUGGAUUGUCAUUGCAAGAUUUAGAGGCACUGACAAAGAUGGUGCCUACUGAUGAAGAGGAGGCUAAGCUUGCGAACUACAAAGGAGACAGUAAUGAAUUAGGAUCAGCAGAGAAGUUAGUCAAACAAAUGCUUAAAGUACCAUUCGCAUUUUUAAGAAUUGAAGCGAUGCUCUACCGAGAAAAUUUUGAAGACGAGGUUUUCCAUCUCAGAAAAUCCUUCUCGAUGCUUGAGGAGGCUUGCAAGGAGCUCAGAUCAAGUCGGCUCUUCCUUAAACUACUUGAGGCAGUGCUUAAAACAGGUAACAGGAUGAAUGUUGGAACAAUACGAGGAGGAGCAACAGCCUUUAAGCUUGACACCCUUCUUAAGCUCGCUGAUGUGAAGGGAACAGAUGGAAAAACAACACUUCUCCAUUUUGUCGUCCAAGAAAUUAUCAGAUCAGAAGGAUUUCGAGUAUCGGAAAGCAUCAUGGGCAAGAUUAACCAAAGGAGCAAGACCUCAAAAAUCGAAGAUAAAGAAGAAAAUUAUAGGAGAAUGGGUUUAGAUCUUGUAUCUGGCUUAAGUACUGAACUCUACAAUGUUAAGAAGAUGGCUACAAUAGACUUGGAUGUUCUUGCAAGUUCUGUAGCAAAUUUAUCAGAUGGAAUGAGUAAACUGCAGCAUCUAGUAAACAAGAUCAUCAAAAUGGAAGAUGAAAAUGGGAACUUUGUGAAAUCAAUGCGAUCAUUUCUGAAUUAUGGUGAAACGAAGUUAAAGGAAUUGCAAGAAGAUGAGAAUGGAGUCCUAUUACACGUCCGACAAAUGACCGAAUAUUUUCAUGGAGAUGUGAGCAAAGAUGAAUCGAAUCCACUUCGAAUUUUUGUAAUUGUAAGAGAUUUUCUAAACAUGUUAGAUAAUGUGUGUAAAGAGCUUAGAAGCUCGAAAGCAACGCGUAGUCCUAAUCCUCUCGCCUCAUUCCGAUAGAUUAGAUGGCCUUGUUUGUCUAUGGUUUCUCAAAUCUCACAAUACUUAAAUAGAAUUUGUGUAAUUUGUUCCCAACUUUUAAUGAGAAUUUCAAUUCUGAACGUGAA